AUGUCCAUCUCAACCCUCGAAAAUAAUAGUAAAUCCCCAACUCAUAUUGCCACUGACUGGAACUUUUUCCUGAACGAAGUCCUAACAGAACGUGUCCAAAUCACACCCUACUAUGACAAAGAAGACUGGAAAAUCGGAGAAAUUUAUUCUAUGAGAGUGAGCCACAUUUAUGAUCCAUCACAUUUUUGGGUGGUCACCAAACACCUGGAAAUGGAUUUGCUGCACAGAUAUUUGAAUGAUUUUUAUUCGAAACAUAACAACCAUUAUAAACUUCCCGAAGAAAAUUUGAAGUUGAAUCUAUAUUGUGUUGUUUAUACUGAAGGGGCAUAUUAUAGAGGGAUUUUGGUAAAGAUACCCUAUAUGAUGAAAAAAAAAACUUGGGUUUUCGUUUAUUUGCUGGAUUUUGGUUUUAUGUCAAAGGUUUUGCCUGAUAACAUUUAUUUUAUGACGAAAGACAUGUAUUCCGUGAAGCACUUUGCGAUUAGAGCAUGUUUAGCAGGCCAGUUGUUGGAGGGUGCUGAACUGACGGUGCUGCAAGCCAGUGGAGACGCAGAUCAGCUGAUUGUAGCAACUGCGCUUCAGUUGUCAGUCACAGAAAAAUCAGUUGUCGUGUCUGCAACAGACACCGAUAUCUUCGCCAUGCUCAUUCAGAGAUAUUCUUCAGAAAACGAUGUCUAUAUGCUGAUGCCUGGAGUGCAGGAUGGGCUCGGGCACAAACUGGAUGCCACACAGUUUGGCUGGCGAGAAGGUUUUGGUCGAUUGCUGCCAGUUAUUUCGGACGACCCUCCUGCUCCGGACAGCCUACUGAAACUUUUCAGAUGUGGCUGCACUACGGGCUACAAUCAGAACUGUUGGUGCCGCCGGGCAAGUAUGCCCUGCAAGUCCUAUUGCGCAAGAUGUGAAGGCAACUGCACCAAUAACGAGCCUGUAGUUCUCGAUGACGCAGAAACAGACGCUGACGAAGACAUCGAUGACCCGACGAUGUAA